GGGGCGGGGCUGCCAGGUCGAGCAGGUCUGCUCCGCUCUACCGCGCGCCCAAAUCGCGCAGUCCCUCGGCCAGCUAGCACGGUCGUCUGACCCCCGAACACCUCGCUGCAGUCCUCUCGACGCGGACCCGCGCGGCCCACGCCUCACGCCGUCCGGCCGGCCAGUGGCUUGCGACGACCUACUCUGUCCGCUCGUCCUCGCGGCAGCCCUCGACCCGCCUGGCGCCCUCGCGCUCUAGCGCCCUGGUCCUCGGCGCGCGCAGCAUGGCGCCCCGCCAGGUCCUCGCUUUCGGGCUCCUGGUCGCCGCGGCGACGGCGGCGGUGGCCGCUGCCCAGGAAGGAUGUGUGUGUGAAAACUACAAACUGACCACAAACUGCUCUGUGAACGCGCUCGGUCAGUGCCAGUGUACUUCAGUUGGUACUCAACAUUCCGUCAUUUGCACAAAAUUGGCUACUAAAUGCUUGGUGAUGAAGGCAGAAAUGAGUCACUCAAAGUCCGGGAGAAGAAGGAAACCAGAGGGCGCCAUCCAGAAUAAUGACGGGCUCUAUGAUCCCGAGUGUGACGACAAAGGGCUCUUUAAAGCCAAGCAGUGCAACGGCACCUCCACGUGCUGGUGUGUGAACACUGCUGGGGUCAGAAGAACUGAUAAGGACAGUGAAAUCUCCUGCUCCGAGCCAGUGAGGACCUACUGGAUCAUCAUUGAACUAAAACACAAAACAAGGGAAAAACCUUAUGAUCUUCAAAGUUUGCAGUCUGCACUCAAGGAGGUAAUCACAAAUCGUUAUCAACUGGAUCCAAAAUAUAUCACAAAUAUUCUGUAUGAGAAUGAUGUUAUCACUAUUGAUCUGGUACAAAAUUCUUCUCAGAAAACUCAGAAUGAUGUGGAUAUUGCUGAUGUGGCUUAUUAUUUUGAAAAAGAUGUUAAAGAUGAAUCCUUGUUCCAUUCCAAAAGGAUGGACCUGAAAGUAAAUGGGGAACUACUGGAUCUGGAUCCUGGUCGAACUUCAAUUUACUAUGUUGAUGAAAAACCACCUGAAUUUUCCAUGCAGGGUCUACAAGCUGGUAUUAUUGCCGUCAUUGUGGUUGUGGUAGUAGCAAUUAUUGCUGGAAUCAUUGUGCUGGUUGUGUCCAGAAAGAAAAGCAUGACAAAGUAUGAGAAAGCUGAGAUAAAGGAGAUGGGUGAGAUGCAUAGGGAACUCAAUGCAUAAACCAGUUUGAAGAAUAACUACAAGAAGGGAAAUUAGUAAACAGACUCAGAUUAUAAACAUGCGCAUGGGGCAAAGAGAAGAUCUUUGAAGACCACUGUUGGGUUGUUAGUUAGCAUCAUAUGUUUGUACUAGUUAAACCUGUACUCAAAAUAUAAACAGUUUGAAAUUGACUUUACCAAUCUUAAAAUUUGACUACAAGUGUCCUAUAGAUACAGAUCUAAAACCCAGAAUUUGGACUGAUAGUUUGAAUUAUUUAUGCCUAACAUUGAAGGGCAUGCAUUAAAUAUGCUUCCACAGUAGUCUGAAUGACUACUGUCUUGUCCAUUUGUGAUUAAAUAGCUGCUUUCCUACUUGAGUCUUGUACAUAUAACUUUUUUUAUGAACUAUGAAAUAAACAUUAACAAAUGUUUCUUAACUUUUGAAUCACACUGAAUCAAAUUUCAUAGUAUACACAUAAGAUAAUAGGUUAAGAAAUGCUCUCAGUGCUAGCUACAAAUUAGAAUUUGCAAGAGUCCUUAUAAUCACGGAUGUGUGCUUGUAUGUGUGCUAAGUGGGUUGGCAUUUCCUCCUCCAGAUAAUCAUGUAUACUCAAUAUAAAAUUUAUAAUGUAAUGUAUAACUUCUACACAGAAAAAACAAGCAAUUUUAUUCUGAAUCCAUCUAAGAUUCUAUUUCAGACAAAGUGGCAUUUUGGCAGACUAAUACCUUAAGGCUGCAUUGAUGGACAGUGUUGUGGAACAUGAAUUCCAUGGUUGGUUGUAUUAGAAGCACCAGUUUUUCAAUGGAAUAAUUAUGGUACAAACACAUUUUAUAUGAAGUUAAAGUAUCCUGAAAUAUUUUUGCUUUUUGAUAAGAAACUUUUGAAAAUACUAUGAAAAUUUUAAAAGCCGUAUUUAAGCAUUUACCUACGAUUUUUAUCCCUUCCGUAGUAGGCAGAAUUCUAGGAUGGCCCCUAAGAUUUCUUACCUAUGAUAUAUAUGCUCUAUAGAAUUCCUUCCCUUGGAGUGUGGGCAGGAUCUGUGAUAUGAUAAGGUGAUAACUCCCGAGAUUACAUGGUGAAGGCAAAGGGAUUUUCCAGAUGCAGUUAUGAUCCCUCUUCACUUGACUCAAAAGGGAGAUUAUAAAAGAGUGCCUAAAAGUAGGAGACAAAAAGUGGAAAUAGAUGUACUUUCUUGUUAACUGUAAAGCAGACUGCCAUGUUUUGGAGAGAGUCGCCUAUCAGGAAAUGGCUGGGCAACCGUGGCUGCUGAGGGCCUCAGUCGCUCAACCAUGGAAGUGAAUUCUCAAAUGAGCUCAGAAGAGGUCUAUGGCUCUUGAUGAGAUUGCACCCUGGUGACAUUUUCACUGCAGUCUUGAGACCCUGAUGAAAAGACACUAUGCUUGGACUCCUUUCUCAGAAAGUGAAGUGACGUUUAUUAAGAUGCUAAAUUUGUCAUAAUUGGUUAUGCAGCAACAAAAAUCAGUCCUCGAAAGUAAUGAGAACUUUAAAGACAAAUGGACAAAUAUGAAAAUAGUAGAUAAAAGGAACAGCCAUUACCCUAGCUCUGAGACAGCACCCAGAGAAGAAACCGUAUACACCCUGGGCUGGAGUUCAGACCUGGGAGAGGGCUGAUGAAGAGACCUGUGGCUCGAUCAAGAGCAGAGAAAUUUCCUGUGGUGCUGCACUGGCAGAACUUGUCGAAAAUCUUUUGGAAUUUACUGGAAAAAUUUGCCCUCAAGAACAGGAGUCGUCAAACUACAGCCUGCAGCUGGUCUAUCACUUGUUUUCAAAACUGGGAGCUAGAAGGUUUUUGCAUUUUUAACCGGUUGAAGAAAAAUGGAAAGGAUAUUUCACUAUAUGUAAAAUAGUGUAAAACAUUACACGGAAUAAAAAUUUCAGUGUCCACAAAGUUACUGGAGCACUGCUACA